AGAGAAAACACGACUGCUAAGCCUAGUAUCAGUUAAUCAAGCACUUGUUGAAAAUUUGACUAAAUUGCCUAUGAAAAGGAUGUCACAUACUGGAAGUUGGUAAAUCUUCACCACGCUACCUUGGUACCCAAAGCUAUAAAUCUUCAUGCCGCAAAUGAAGAAUGCAACAACCAAGCUCUGGUUAUUCUCCAGACCUGGUCAAAGAAACCUGCAUCAGCAUGGAACUUCUAAACAGGGAAGCUGAGCUUCAUAAAGAAGAUGUUGCUUUGUCUGGAAGCAGCAGUCCAGAAGAUGUCUUCAGUCACUGUGAAAUGCAGGCAGUAUCAGUUUGUACGGACACCACCAUGCCGCCAGGUGACUACAUUCGAAGACGAGGUUAUACAGAAUCUUCACUUUUGAAGCUUCCCACAGAGUGCAUUGGGAGCCAUCAUGCACCUUUCCAGUUUGACCGGCAUGCUUUGGCCAGAAUUUCCACUUCUCCAACUUUAAGGCGUCUAAGGAUGGCCUCUGCCUCCCAAACACUGUCAUUUCAGGACUGCUCUGACACAGCUCAGCUGGGGAAUCAAAAGGAAUACACUGGCUCGCUCCACCACAUCUGUAAGAGUCCACCUCGGUGCACUACAGCUACCUCUUUGUUGUUGCCUUCUUGUGUCCAUGCAAAAUUACUGUCUUCCAAAGCCAAGUCUGAGACAACUAUAACAGAUCCAGAGUCUGCCAGACCCAGAUCAAAAUUACCAAGCCAAAAAGAUCCUCUCAGCAAUGACAGUCCCAAUGAGACACUCCAAAACUCUUGGAGAGCCAACUCUGCUACGCUGCCUAGGAGACUCCUCUGCCCCAGCCCACAGGAGAGUGUCCAGAAGAGUGGAUUGCCUAUACAAAGAUCAGCCGAGCGCAGGCGCAGCUCCGUGGUAGUGAGUCUGCCGGGACUCGAGGUGUUCCCUGGAGACCUCCUGGUGUCAGACAGUGCCAUGGACUACCUGCCCCAUGCGGCCCUCCCGCUAAGCACAGAGUCCAAAAAGCCAAGGUGGCCAUUUGCCAAAAGAGGAGUUGGUAAAGAUAAACAGAAGCAAGCAUCUGAUCUGGAAAACUGUCUUUCAACUGCUAAGAUGAUAGACUGCAGCACAUACGAAUUUUUCUGCUUUAAGAGUAAAUCUUGGCAUGAAUUUAUAAAGGAGCAACAGACUGAGCAGAAAGAUGUCGACAGCCGGUUAGAAGUGAAAAAAGAAGCAGCAGUGUGGGAACUUUUCACAAGUGAAUGCACAUACUUUCUGGAUCAUUUGCUGGUUCUCAAGAUGAUAUUUAUGAACACUCUGAAAUACCUCCAGAGUAAUGAAUUUCUCUUGGAUGUGGAUUUGUGGAGACUUUUUGCAAACUUAGAGGAGUUAAACAAGAUAAGUCUCAGUUUUCUGAAAACUUUCUUUGAAACUGUGAAGGAGCAUGUCAGCAAGUCAGACUCUCCUAUGGAUUUCAGCUCCAUACUCAGAAAGUUUUUCCAGGGUGACCUUUGCCAGACACACCAGAUUUAUUGCCUUAACUAUACCUCUGCUGUCUUCUACUUGGAAAACCUGAGACAGAGAGAAGAUUUUGGCAUCUACCUGAAAUGGUGCGAACAAAACGAACAGUGCAAGAGGCUGCAUCUGCCCGAGCUGCUGGUCACUCCUUUGCAUCGACUGACGCGCUAUCCCCUCCUCCUUAACAACAUCUGGAAGAGGAGCACUGAUGAAACAGAGAAAGGCUUUAUCUGGUCACUGAAAGAGAAGGUGGAAAAGUCCAUACGGGAUCUGGAAGGUAAAGUCAAGUGGUUGGACAACUUUCAGAAGUUCAGGCAGCUGCAAGAGGUUAUAAUUUGGCCUCAGGUCUGGGAUCGUGACAAGAGAUUCUUUGUCCCAGAGUGUUUGAAGCAAAGCUUAAGAGAAAACAGCAGUGAAAACAUUUUGUCCUCAGCGAACAGACUUCUCCUUCAUGAAGGGAGGCUAACACUAGCAGAAAGCACAAGACUCCUUGACGUCUAUCUCUUCCUAUUCAAUGAUUUCCUAUUAAUUACCAAAAUUAAACGUAACAAAAAGAAAUACGGGGGCUCAGACACCAGCUUAAUCCCUGUCUGUCGUUCCCUCACUCCUGAGCUGCAGUCCUUCAUAAGAGAGGGUGGGUUUUGCACAGUCCUAGACCAGCCCAUCCCUCUAGACAGACUGACACUGAAAAACAUUGACCCCAUCCACGUUACAGUCUUCAGCCUGCGAAAUGCUUUCCUAAUACAGCAUGAAAAUAGGUAUCGUCAGUGCAUAGCAGUCUUCUUGCUACAAGCUCAGACAGAGACUGCCAAGAAAACAUGGAUGUCACAGAUAGAAACGGCAAUCUCCGAUUACAUCAUGCAACAUGAAACCAAGAAAAGCACUGCUUUCUGCUCCCCAACUGAAUCCUCUGAAAUUUAA